AUGGGUCAGAAUUGCGUGCGUCCCUUCUCUCGGGAUUCUCAUGGCGAUCGUUCGUCUAAGGAUGGCGGGCGUUGGCUGUGGCCUUACGGCAGCAACAAGAGCAGCAGCAGCAGCAGCAGCAGCAGUAGUAGUAGUAGUAGUAGUAGUUGUGCUGCAGCCAUAUCACUACAGCAGCAGCAACAGCAGCAGCUGCUGCUAAGAGAGACCCUAGCAGGCAGCAGCAGGAGAUGGAGUGUUGCCUCUCCUUCUCUUGUUUAUUGUAUUAUUAAUCAUAAGGCAGCAAAGCAUGCAGCAAUAUUAUUUGAUUGUAGGAAUCCAUGGGGGCCCCUUUACCCAUCAGAGGGGCCCCAGGGGGGCCCCCCUGAGGGGGCCCCCCUCCAGAAGGUCAAUAAGAGGGGUCACAAACAUAGGGGUCGCAAUCAGAGGGGUUCCCAAAAAGGGACCCAGGGGGGCCACCAAGAGGGGCCCCCAGGGGGGGGGCCCCUAGGGGGGCCCCCAGGGGGGCCCCCUAAGAAGCUACAUUAUGGUGUAUCUCCUUGGAGGUCAAUAGAAGAUGUAAAGAAAGCAAUUGAUGAUUAUAAUGCUGCUCCUCCUUUGCUGCUCCUUAAACAGACAGAACGUCCCGCGGUGUCCCGUUCUGCUGCAGCAAACCCUGCAGCACGAAGCAGCGGGUUUGUGUGGCCCCGCAUGCGCAUGCAAACCCUCCGCCGCCUUAGGUCCUCAGCUGCACAGCAGCAGCAGCAGAAGCAGCAGCAGCAGCAACAGCAGAAGCAGCAGCAGAAGGAUGAGCAGAAGAAGCAACAGAACGGCCAGCAGCAGCAGCAGCAGAAGCAGCAGCAGCAGCAGCAGGAGUGUGACGAUAAGGAGGACGAAGAAAUUGUUGAUAUUCAGCACAUGCAUACAGCAGCAACAACUGUAGCAGAUAGUCCUGCUGCUGCUGCUGCUGUUGCUGCUGCUGCUGCUGCCUCGGGGAAUGUUGCUGCUGAUGGAGUACCAGAUGCUGCUGCUGAUGCAGCAAACAGCAGCAGCAGCAGCAACCCACUGCCACCUGAAGACGAGCCACACAAGACAGAGACACUGCCGCACAACUCAACUCGCGGAGGGAAAGUUGACAGGGAGAAGCUUGCUUCUGCUGCUAUGAGCCGCUUGCAGUCCCAAGGGGCUGCUACUGCAGCAGCAGCAGCAGCAGCAGCAUCAGCAGCAGCAACAGCAGCAGCAACAGCAGCAGCAGCAGCAGAAGCAGCAGCAGCAAAAGAUGCAGAAGCCCGCACCGGGCCUCCCCAUCUACAUCAAUGGCUUGCUGUAGUCUGCAAGCUCAAAACUGUAGUGGCUGUGGGGGAGGGAGACGACGAUCCCCUGUUGCUGCAAUUUUUGCGUUAUUUGCAAAAUGGAGGAAUUCAAUAUACAGAAGCUGUUAUGAAGGACGAGCCUGCUAAAGAUUUCGCUCUUUUUAUUUCUGAUUGCCGCGUGGCCUUCGGAAACCCUCAAGCCCUUAAACACUUCCAAAUACAGGUGUUGCUCUGUUUAGCACCGCCACAGGCUGGUGGUUCUAUCCAACCUUGUUGCAAAACCCUCGAGGGUUUAGGGUUUAGGGUUUUGCAUCUCCCCUUCCGUGUAGACAUUAAACACUUUCCUUAUGAAGAGGCAGCAGCACAUGUCCUUGAAGCUUACCAGCAAAACAAAUCCAUACUUGUAUUUGAUAGUUCUGGGGAAAUUUUUUCUCCAGGGGUUGCCGCGAGUUUUUUAGUUUUGUGUGGUUUUGGUGUUGUUCAUGCUAUGGCUCAUCUGGAUAGUACAGUAGUAACAGAGUUGUAUAGAUUGGCUGGGGGUUUACGACCACCAGCAGAAGAAGGGCCUGUCUUUGGGGGUUCAACAGAGCAGCUCCUUGUUUCUUAUCCAGAGAAUCCAUUGGAUGCAUCACCAAGCACGGAGGCCCUGGAUAACCCUCGUGUAAAAGCAGCCAUCACCAACCACCCGCCUCUCCUCCGCCUCCUUCGUCUUGCGGGCUUCAAGGGGGCCCCCGGGGCCUCCGAGCUGCUGCUGGCAGCAGACGCCUCGCUGUCGCGCUUGCAGGCUUGCUUAGCUGCAGUGCAGCAGCAGCAGCAGCUACUGCAGCAGCAGCAGCAGCAGCAGCAACAGCAGGAGGAGGAGCAGCAGCAGCAACAGCAGCAUGCAGUAGAACAGCAGCAACUACAGCAACAGAACGACGAACAGCACGCGCAGCAAAAGGAACAGCCGCAUCAGCAGCAGGAGCAGCAGCAGGAGCAGCAGCAGGAGCAGCAGGAACAGGAGAAGGAGCAGCAGGAAGAGCAACAGGAACGGCAGCAGCGGGAAGAAGAGCAGCAGCAGCAGGAGCAGCAGCAAGUCUUUGCUGACGUGUUGCAUCAUCAAGAGGAGGAGAUGCAGCAGCAGCUACUGCAGCAGCAGCAGCAGCAAAUAGAUCAGGUACAGCAGCAGCAGGUACAGGAGUAG